UUUUUUUUGUUGCCACAUGCUCUCAAGAUGAUCCGGACUGACGCGGACCGAAGCAGCCCAACCCUCCGGCACCGGUCGAGCGGCCGGCCCAGAUAAGACCCCUCCCGCCCCCAAUGAGGUGAAAACCCUCCACGUCCGGGAGAAUCCCCCACCCCCCGCCCCCCGGCAUGUCGCGGCUCUUCCUGCCUUUGGCAAUGCUCCUCGUCUCCGGCAGCGUCCAGACGUCCCCCGCCGUCACCAUGGAUAAGCUGCACGAGAGCUGGAAGUCGUACAUGGACGAGUGCGAGCGCAACAACAGCAGAGCCCCGCCCAGCGCUGUGCUUGUGUGCAACAGAACCUUUGACAAGUACGCCUGUUGGCCCGACGGACUACCUAACACUACGGUCAGCGUGUCGUGUCCCUGGUAUCUGCCGUGGUACCAUAAAGUUCAGCAUGGCCUGGUGUACCAGGAGUGCGACGCUAAUGGCCAGUGGCUCACUAUGAAGAACACCAGCGAGUGCGACUCCAACAACCCCAGUCAGCAGUACUAUGGCCACAUUCGGAUCAUGUACACAGUUGGAUACUCCCUAUCACUGGUGGCUCUGGUGUUGGCUCUGAGUAUUCUCAUAUUCUUCAGGAAGCUGCACUGCAUGAGGAACAACAUCCACAUGAACCUCUUCGCGUCCUUCAUCCUGCGAGCGUUGUCCAUCCUGAUCAAAGACGCGCUGAUGGAGGCCAACAUCACGUCGCAGGACCUGAGCCGGGACCAGGAGCAGGGGUUGUCCCGGGCCUCCGUGUCACCCGUGGACCUGCUCGUCAACAAUGAGAUAACCGUCAGCUGUCGCGUGGCGGCGGUGAUGAUGCAGUACAGCAUCUUGGCCAACAGCUACUGGCUCCUGGUAGAAGGCAUCUACCUCCACAACCUGGUGGUCAUCACCGUCUUUACAGAGAGGAACUAUUUCCAGAUCUACCUGUGCAUCGGCUGGGGUACACCGUUAUUAUUCCUCGUUCCCUGGGUGAUCGCUAAAUAUCUCUACGAGAAUCAUGAGUGCUGGGGCCAGAAUAUAAACAUGAACUACUGGUGGAUCAUACGUUCGCCCAUACUCGUGGCAGUUGUGAUCAACUUCCUGAUCUUCAUCCAUAUCAUCAAAAUUCUCGUGUCCAAACUGAGAGCGCAUCAAAUGCGCUACACAGAUUACAAAUUCAGGUUGGCCAAGUCCACCCUCACCCUCAUCCCUCUGCUGGGCAUCCAUCAGGUGGUCUUUAUUUACGUGACGGACGAGGCCACCGAAACCACCAUCGGUCUGCGACUCACCAAGCUGGUCAUUGACCUUUUCUUCUCCUCCUUCCAGGGUCUCCUGGUGGCCAUCUUGUACUGCUUCGUCAACAAAGAAGUUCAGUCGGAGGUCCUGAAGAAGUGGAAGCGCUGGAAGCUGGGCCGACACAUCGAGGAGGAAUACCGCCACACGUACAGCAACACGCCCAACACCAAGACGGCCAGCCUGCUCAACCACGUCUCCCAGCGGACGCCCCGGCUGGCCGACGCUCCCGCCGAGCCGUCGACGCCCGUCUGCGGGCCCGAGGAGAGGCACGCCCUGGUGGCCAACGGCGAGGCGGCGGGCCGGCAGGAGGGCGCGCUCGGUGACCGACCCCCGGCGGAGGACGCGGGCCUUCCGGACGGGGCCGAGAGCGAGCGCGCCGAGAGCCGCCACUGACACGAAGCUCUCUCCAUCCCGUGCCGAGCGGCGAGGGCGGACGCGGAGACCAGUCGCACGCGCUGCCGAGCGCCGCGUGGCGCUCCGUCUCGGCGUAUCGCAAGGCGCACGAGCCGUGUAAAAUAAUACGACGCCGGAAACCUCAGACAGCGACUUGAUCGUAAACAACUUCGUACGAGCUUCUGCUUUUGUUUGUUUGUGCGCGUUGCAGUCGCAGAGGUCAACCUGGACGCACGAUCUGGACGCAACAAUCCAGGAUGGAAGCUGAAGUCGAGCGCAGACCUCCGCCAAGGCCCCGAUCGGAAGACUCCUUCAAAUCCACCUUUGGUCUCCCACCUUUUGGACGUCCUACAAAUGUACUGAGUGUGAGCCGUAAACGGUUUAAGGGCACUCUGGUCACAGUUCAGCAAAUGUGACCACGAGGAGUGGCAAUGCCGACUUCAUAUUUUGAGUUGAUAUUUUUUUUAAAUCUUCUUGAGCUAUACUUUAAAACAAAAAAGUAAAAUAUUGACUCAUUGGUUCGAUGCAGUUGCACAACAAUUAGCUUUUUUUUCCAUUUGAACUUUCUUUUAAGGAUAAUUAAGGAACAUGUUUUUGUAAGAAUGAUCACGGAAAAUCGUUUUUUAAGGAUCCACAGACACUUACGCCAGAUACAGUAAAUCUUUCACAAAAAAAUUUGAAAAAUGUUGGCUCCAUUAAUUUUUUAUAAUUAUUAUUAAUUAGAUGAAUUAGGAUAAGUACGGAAAAUCCAUUUUUUUUAAUGAUCCACUGCCUGAGAACAUAAAAUUGUCCCCCAAAAAAUUUUAAAAUUAGUCAUCCUAAAAUGUAGCCACCUAGCAUUGUGACAUCAAAUGUGUGAUGCAACCAAGAAAUUGAAUUGAGUUGGAAUUAACUAAGGAAAAUAAAUAUUUUUUUAAGGAUCCACGGAUAUGCUGUCUUGCGCUAGCUACAGCUAGAUAACAUUGCGCUGACUCAAACGCAGCGAAAUUUUCUUCUUCACACAUUUGUGCAUACCUAAAUGACAAUAAAGUCUUAAGAUAUGUCAAACCUCCUGAUGACAUAAAAUGCGAUAAAACAUCUGGUAAAAGUAGAAAUGCUAACAUGUAGCCACCUAGCAUUGAGAGAUCAGAUAUGUGACGCAACCAGGAAAUUGGCUUAACACGGCUUUUUGGCGGUGCCUUGACCGCGUAGGCUCACUUAAAAAAAAAAAAUAAUAAUAAUAAUAAUAAUAAUUUCCGGACAAAUAAGGGAAAUCCGAUUUUUAAGGAUCCGACGACGCCCUGUCUUAACGUCAGAUAUGUUGAACCUCCUGAAAAUGUAAAAUCCUCAAAAAGCGCUAACACGUAGCCACCUAGCAUUUUGAUGUCAAAUGUGCGACGCAACCAGAAAACGUUUCGGGGUUGCCUCAGAACGCGAAGACUAUUCGCUGCUUCAACAUAGUCUGUUUUUAUCUGGAAUUUUCCGCCUUUUUCUCAAAUGUUUGUUCUAAAUAACCGGAACCGAUGCAAAAUCGGGGAGGGACUGAGCUAAGGCUAUAGCUACAAUUUUAGUAUUACGAUUCAUGCAGCAUUCAUAAACAAAUGAAGUGAAUCUACACCAGUUUUAUUGUUUUUUUUUUUUGUUUUUUUUUGUGCAAUCCUGCGCACUUUGGUGGAGGUUUUGAACAAAAUCUGAAGAACAAUCUUGUGUGUGCUGAUUUCGGUCUGCUGACGUGGUGCAAGCGCGCCGCCUUCAUGGGAAAGUGGCAGCUGCUCUGGCCAGGUCAUUCCUGGUUUACAUGUGGAACGCCCCCCUGAAAGAGGUCAAGGAAGGCUAUGGGCUGAAUUAUAAAUAGCACAUCAUUGCUUCUGCAGCCCUCAAAGUGAUUCUGCUGCUAAAUCCCACUUGCGCGGACGAAACUAGUGGGACUCCUGGUGAGUGCACAUUCAGGGAGUGAAAUAGGUUCCAAAAUGUGAAGUUUGCUCGCAUCGCCAAUCAAAUUCAUCUCAGAGGGUUGCAAGUUCUUUCACACCAAACUCAUGCACAAAUAAAGGGCCUUCCCAAAAACUGCUCCGCUCGGGUCGCAAAUCUCCUGCCGCCCCUCAAAUUGACGACGUGCCACAAUUAGUUUCUCAUCCACUGAAGACAAAUAAACGCCUCCCUCAAAUAGAAGCCAGGCCCCGAUGAGUCGCCGGGUGCGUGAGGCGCUCUCGGACAAAUAAACGCCUCCCUCAAAUAAACAACUUGCUCCAAUUAGUCACCCAGUGAGUCAUCCAUUUGAGACAAAUCAACGCCUUGCCCCAAUUAGGUGCCUGGUGCGUUAUUGGCUUGAGGCAAAAAAUGUCUCCCGCAAACAGGCACCGCGCACAAAUUUAGUCACCAGGUGUUUCAUACGACAAAUUAACGAAACGCCUUUCCCCAAAUACUUACCUGGUGUGUCAUCCGCUUAAGGCCAAAAAUGCGUCCCUCAAAUAAAUGCUGUGCCCCAAUUAGUCAGCCGAUGUUUCAUCCGCAAACGCCUCCCUCAAAUAAACACCGUGGCGGGUGCGUCGUCUACUUGAGACAAAUAAGCGGCUCCCUUAAAUCGACAAAUUGCCCAAUUAGUCACCUGCUUCGUCAUCUAGUCGAGACAAAUAAACGCCUCUAAGGCGAACGUGCUCGAGAAAAUUGAACGACUGCGUCCAGCCCAACUCUUGGCUGAUUGAUUACUUAGCGCUAAAGAUGCCCCAAUACUUCUGUCCUAGUUGCGUCCGUGUUCAAAUCAAGACUCCAAAUGCACAAAGUGUUGGCGGCUAAAGGUGUUUUCGCUAAAGUUCAGGCUGUCGCCCAGAUCGCCGCGUCGUCCGCGGGCGGUCGGUGCUAAAACGCCACAUCCUGUCACGAAAGGGUUACUAAAACACAACUUCGCGCGGCCUCACUUUCUCCUCAGGGGCCGCCGCGGACACUUUAGAACAAAGCUCGAGAAACAAACAAACAAAAAAGACUUUUUUGGUACGUUUCGUUUUUGUUUGUGUGUGCGUGCGUGCGUGCGUGCGUAAGUGAAUUGAGUGUGACUGUUUGCACAGUGUCGCGUAUUAAUUUAUCAUGCAGCACAUUCGCCACUCACUCCAUUAGGUCCACCCGCACCAUCCAAUGAGAUUAUAGUUUCCAUUGAGCUGUUCAAAAUGCGAUGAUGAAACAUGUCUAUUGGCAAUGACGGGCGUUCUUCUUCCCCCAAAAAGGCAAAACAAGCCUGUUUACGAUCACAUUUAGGACGAUAAUUUUAACGCACGAUUCUUUUUUUAUAGUGUGUGUGGAAAUUCACCGGAAAAUCCAGAUCGCACCUCAUUGUGGUCGACGACUACCAUAUCGUCGCAAUCGGGCGGAAAACCUCAUAUGUCCAAAAAUGCUCAAUUUCAUAUUUUUUCACUAAUCGAUACGAUUGGUCUGUCCGCAUGUCAGUGGUCUGCUAUUUUGAUGCAUUAUUAACCAAUUCAAGGUGUGGAAAAUAGCUUGAGAACAAAUCGAUAAACGCUCCAAAGUGCCGCGGGAGCCGUGUUGCGUUACGCCGCCUCAAGAUUGAAAGUCUGGUUGUGUUGUUUUAGCCCAAAACAAGUGGAAAUAUUCAGAUUAGAUACAUUUAAGUAAGUUUUUUUUUGUUACAAAUGGAUAGUGUGAUGCUUCGGUACAGAACGGAGGAGUCAACCAUGAGGGUAAAUUCGUGUUGUUAGAUGGUGCAGUUGUACCGAAUUGAGUGUCCGGUGUGUGUGCGCACGCGCGCGUUCCCAUAUUUCUACUAUUGGCUUGCUGCUGUGUGCUCGUGUGGACGAAUUCAGUAUUACAACUUGGCAGAUGGGGCUGGAAUACUGUGCACAGCAUCGAACAUUUUCACACCACGGCGCUGCUGCAUGGAGGCACUGCGUUCCGUUUUGAAGUUGUGCAAUAUUCAGUCAUAAAGCAUUUUAUAUACACACACACACACGCACAUACACCGUCGGUGGGGUCAAUGUGUACUUUUAUUAAAGAUGAUAAAUAAGCUGUGACCUGGUUGUUGUUGUUGAGUCACUUCCCCUGUGGUUGUACAGUAUUUGAAUAUUCUCUAAAAUGUUUCUCUUCAAAGUGUACAGUAUAUUUGGUGUGAUUGCUCAGGUGUAAACAGUCGAUCAUUAUACGGUUUGUGCGUGUUGUUUAUAUUGUGUCAAAAAUGGUGGAAGAAGAAUAAAAUCAA